AUGACCAACCCCCACCCACGCGCCCCCCAACCCACCGACUUCCCCUCCCACCUCACCCUAACAAUCACGCCCCCGACGCCCCCCAGCACCUCCCAAAAAUCCCCCAACAUCCUCCUGCUGCUGCACGGCCUCGGCGACACCGCCGCCAACUUCACCGCCUUCGCGCGCGCCCUCCACCUCCCCGAAACCACCAUCCUCACCCUCCAAGCCCCGCAGCCCCUCCCCUUCGACCUGGGCGGCUACCACUGGGGCGACGACGUGACCUUCACGCCGGCGGGGGAGCUGGACAUGGACGCCGGGUUCACGCGGGCGGUGCGCCUGAUCGUCCACGAGGUGAUUGCGGGGGUCCUGGUCCGGAAGUGCGGGUAUCGGUGGCGGGAUGUGUUGGUGUUUGGGUUGGGGCAGGGCGGGAUGGUGGGGUUGGAGGUUGCUGCUGCUGUUGCUGCUGCUGGUGCUGCUGGUGCUGGUUCUGGGCGACAAGGAGAAGGAGAGGGUGCUGGGGUGGUUUCGAUCGGGGCCCCGUUUCCGUUGUCCGCGGUCAAGAAUACAACAACCCAAAGGAAUCGGACGCCGGUGUUGGUGGUCGCGGGGAGGGAUUCGGUGGCUGUGACGGAUAGUGCGGUACGCAGGACGAAGGAUUGGUUUGAGUUUGUCGAGGUUCAUCGGUAUGCUCGCCGCGGGGAUGGGAUGCCCAGAAAUCGGGACGAGAUGUUGCCCGUCAUGCAGUUCUUAGCCAGGAGGUUGAGGAGCUGGAAGGGCGUGCCGGAGGGCAGUGUGGAGAUCUCUUGA